AUGUCUGUAGCGAUGAGUGACAACCCAAGAGAACUGAUCCCAUUGUUGUGCCGGCAGUUCUAUGGUCUGGGAUGGGUGUCGGGCACCGGCGGAGGGAUGUCUAUAAGGGAUGGACAGCACAUAUAUAUAGCACCGUCUGGUGUCCAGAAGGAGCGCAUUCACAGCGAAGACCUGUUUGUGAUUGACAUCAACGAAGAGGUGGUCGAGAGUCCGGAUGAGAGCAAAGGUCUGAAGCAAAGCGAAUGUCAGCCGCUGUUUAUGGCCGCCUAUCGGUUCCGAUCGGCCGGAGCUGUGAUUCACUCCCACUCUUCGGAUGCCGUUUUGGCCACUCUUUUAAGCGAUUCCAAUGAGUUUCGGAUAACACAUCAGGAGAUGAUUAAAGGCAUCAAAAAGGGCUCAACUAAUGUGAGCCAUCGAUACGAUGACACUCUUGUGGUGCCAAUCAUUGAAAACACUCCUUUCGAGAGAGACUUAACCGACAGAAUGAUUGAAGCGAUGGACAAAUAUCCGGACACUAAUGCAGUUCUGGUGCGAAGACAUGGAGUGUAUGUUUGGGGACAGACGUGGAAAAGCGCUAAAACAAUGUCUGAAUGCUAUGACUAUCUGUUCAAACUCGCCGUCCAUAUGAAGACAUUGGGUUUGGAUCCGUCGGCUAAGCCUUUAGUCUGA